GUGUUAGCCCAUCAGGGGGCAGCACGACCACAAACUGUGUCAAAUCGAAACUCCUCAAUGAGCUCACCUUCGGAUAAAUAGUUUGUCCUUCUCUAAACACUUAUUUUAAUCGUUUGGUGACUUGACAAAAUGAAUGGCUCUCUGCACUCCUCGCCCAGCGUGGUGGACAUAAAACUGAAGCGAGGACCAGCAGGCUUGGGCUUUAAUAUAGUUGGAGGUGUGGACCAGCAGUAUGUUGUGAAUGACAGUGGCAUAUAUGUGUCCAAAAUAAAAGGAGGAGGAGCUGCAGCGAUGGAUGGAAGGCUCCACGAGGGGGACAAGAUCCUGGCGAUCAAUGGAGUCAAACUUGAGGAUCUGACACAUUUAGCAGCGGUUGAGCUGUUCAGGACAGCAGGCGAGGACGUGGAGCUCCGUGUUCUGAAAAAGUUGCCCCAUCACAUGAACGGACCUACAGGCUCACAACCCGAACACCAAACCCCUGUAUCUUUUCUGGGAGCUAACAACAUCUGUAUUUUAUUUUUUAGAUCAAAAACUUUGCUAAAGGCCAAAGAUAUGAAAGAGGGAACAAACUCUAAACGGUAA